AUGAAGAAGAGUUCUAAGGUGGCAGAUGAGAACAUGUAUGAAGGAGGAGAAAGGGGGGUUGAAGUAGCAAUAUUUGGAGGUGAAAGAGGAAGAAGACAACAUGGGUGGAGUGUUAUUUUUGCUAUUCUUCAAGCUCCAAUUUCUAUACUAUCAUGUGUUUCUAAUCCUCGAGUUAAUGGUUCUGAUGGCGUUUGGACUUCUGGUGAAUUUGCACAAAUUUCUGAGAUCAAUCAUAUUAUGGUAAAUGAUAGUAUGAGAUAUGCAAUUUUGAUGUAG